GUUCGGCCGACUCCAAAGGUUCAUCAGUAAUCUUUACGACUCAAUCUGUCACAACCUCUAUAACCAACAACAACAACAUGCAGAAAUACGAGAAGUUGGAGAAGAUUGGCGAAGGUACCUAUGGUACUGUGUUUAAGGCCAAGAACCGAGAGACCCAGGAAAUUGUUGCCCUAAAGCGAGUCCGUCUAGAUGAUGAUGAUGAAGGUGUGCCAUCUGCUCUCCGGAUCUGUCUGCUGAAGGAGUUAAAACAAAGAACUUGAAAGGACAUGAUGUGCCCAUUCGGAAAAAAUUUAAUUGGUGUUGAGCACUGUGAUAAAUUUAAAAAAAUAUUUUAUGUUUUAAAGGGAGAGAUAGAUCCUGACAUUGUUAAAUCUUUCCUGAAAGUAUUUUGGGGUAAUACGUUCCAGCUGCUGAGAGGGUUAGAAUUUUGUCACAGUAGAAAUGUACUUCAUCGUGAUCUCAAACCCCAAAAUCUUCUCAUAAAUAAGAAUGGAGAGUUGAAACUGGCAGAUUUUGGCUUGGCUCGAGCCUUUGGCAUUCCAGUACGAUGCUACUCAGCGGAGGUGGUGACUUUGUGGUACCGGCCACCAGAUGUCCUGUUUGGUGCCAAGCUUUACAACACCUCAAUUGAUAUGUGGUCUGCUGGCUGCAUAUUUGCUGAAUUAGCAAAUGCUGGACGACCGCUUUUCCCAGGAAGUGACGUCGAUGACCAGGUAAAGCGUAUAUUCAAACUUUUGGGGACUCCUACUGAGGAGACGUGGCCAGGGAUGAACUCACUACCCGACUACAAAACAUUUCCCCUCUACCAACCCACCAUGACCUUAGCUCAAGUUUGUCCAAAACUCAGCAGUAAAGGAAGAGAUUUAUUACAGCGGCUACUAAUCUGCAAUCCUGCAGUGAGGAUGAGUGCAGAAGAUGCCAUGUUGCACUCAUACUUUUCUGAUCUCUCCCCAUCAAUACGUAAUGUUUAGAGGGUGAUGAACAGUUUGGUCAGUGAACCAGUGUCUGUGUCAAACAGUGUAAUGUGUGUAGACAUUUUAAUGGUAGAAAAUUGACAUGUAGAUUUUUCACUUCUUAUCUGUAGGAAACAGACAAUUUCUAGCCUCUUUUACAGUAUAUUAGUAUUAUUACUGUAUUGGAGAUUUAAUGAAGAUCAGACAUAGGCAUAUUGAAGCAGUCCUGUGGCCUCUGAUUGGUUAUUUCCAGAACUCACAAUACAUCUGUUAUUACUGUAUUAUUAUUUAAUGAGUAAAUUUCCUUAACAGGAACUUACCUGUUUUAUAUAAACCUUUGUAAGGUUGAUUCCUUAUUUUAGAUAUUACUGGCAAUCACCGUAGUGUAGGACUUCUUCUAAAAAUUGGUUAUUUGGGUCAUUAUCGCAGCCCUCAGUAUGAAAGGCAUGAAUCACUCUACUUAUGCCAGUGGUGAAACUCACACCAAGAUUCCAUCAUCUGUGAUCUUGGUAAUAAAAGUUCACAAUAAAGUGAUAAACAUGGUUUUAUCAUUUGCCUUAGUUGAUGUUCUUAACCUGAUGCACAUAAAACAAAUUUAUUAUAUAUGUAGAAAAGUAAU